AUGGCAGUACACGCCCUGGGGUUAUUGCAUCACUCUUGUUUUAUUGACUAUGCGUUUCUCGUGCAGGGUGCUGGCUAUGGCGUUGUCAUUGGUCUCGGAGCAUUGUUUGCUUUGGCCAUGAUUGCGGUGACAGCGAUCAUGAAGCAACGCGGAAACGUGGAGAACGCUGAAGAGUUUACGGUUGCUAAGCGAUCCCUUGGAACUGGUCUGACCGCAGCUGGAGUGACCUCCUCCUGGACCUGGAGUACGACACUGCUCUCAUCGGUAACGGUUGCCUAUGAAUAUGGCAUCGCUGGCUCGUUUUUCUAUGCCGCAUGCAACAGUACUCAAAUCAUGAUCUUCAGCAAUCUUGCUAUUGAAUCCAAACGUAAAGCACCGAAUGCUCGAACUUUCCUCGAGAUCAUCCGUGUUCGAUAUGGUACCAUUGCACAUCUUUCGUUUAUGUUCUUCAGCUUGGCUUCGAACAUUCUGGUUGUCUCGUCAAUCUUGAUCGGUGGUGCAGCUGCAAUCAACUCGUUGACCGGUAUGAGUGUCUAUGCUAGCCUAUGGCUACUUCCGAUGAGCGUCACUGCCUAUACUCUACGCGGCGGUCUUCGCGCCACCAUCUUGACUGACUACGUACACACCGCCAUCAUCUUGAUCAUCAUCUUCGUCUUCUGGUUCAAGGUCUAUGCUACAGGCGAUCAAAUCGGCUCACCAGCGAAGAUGUGGGAGUUGCUACAUGAAGCUGCAGCACGUAAUGACUACUCUGCACCCACAAAGGAUGGCAGCUACCUAACCGUCCGCUCUCUGGGUGCUUUAAAAUUUGCCAUCCUCAGUAUUCUCGAGUAUACUGGUGUUGUGUUUCUCGACAACUCUUUCCAUCAGAAAGGCAUAGCCGCAGAUCCCGCGUCUGCUGUGCCUGGAUACGUACUAGGAGGUUUGUCGUGGUACGCAAUGCCUUUCACACUUGCCACAACAAUGGGUAUUGCUGCAGUGGCUUUGGAGAACACGCCCGCCUUUCCGACUUUUCCGAAUAGGAUGAGUGCUGCUGAAGUCAGCGCUGGAUUAACAUUACCAUAUGCAGCUCAGACGAUUGCAGGUAAAGGUGGAGCGGGUGCAGUACUUGUGCUCAUGUUCAUGAGUUGCACCAGCGCAAUUUCGAGUCAGUUGAUCGGUGUCUCUACUGUGCUUUCUUAUGAUGUCUACAAGACUUAUAUCAAACCUAAAGCAACAGAUGCACAGAUUCUCCAAGCUGGACAUUAUUGUGUCGUCGGCUUCGCCAUCUUCAUGGCUGCGUUUGGCAGUAUGCUUCACGGAGUCAAGAUUGAUCUAGGCUUCAUUUACAACAUGACUGGUAUAUUCACCGGCUCUGCCUUGCCCGCAUUGAUCGCCACUUUCUUCUCCACCAGACAAGGUGCCUUGGCAGCCACCGCAUCUAUCUGGACUGGUUUUUUCUCUGCAGUCAUAACUUGGCUGACUCUUGCAAAACGCUUCUCUGGCACCUUGACCAUCGCCUCAGUGGGCCAAACAGACCCUUGCCUUUAUGGUUGUAUCGCUGGUAUCGGUGCCGCAGCCGUCGUCACAUUCGUCAUCUCAAUCUUCCACGAUGCAAAGUAUACAUGGGAUACCCUCGGCGCCAUCCGCCUCACAGACGAAACAGGCAAAGACAAAGACGUCGCUUACGCCGAUCCCUCAUAUAACCCGGAGCGCUUGAGAAAAGCAGCGCACAUUGCUAGAGGCAUAACUAUAUUCCUCUUCCUCGCUUUGUUCAUAAUAUGGCCCUUGAGUUUAUACGGCACAGCAUACCAAUUCUCCAAAUCAUUCUUUACAGGCUGGGUUGUGGUGAGUUUGCUUUGGGCCAUCUUUUCAUUCGCAAGUGUGACUGUUUAUCCCAUCAUUGAAGAACGCAGACGUCUUUUAUCUUGGGUAAAGGAUUUGGCCAAAUUUUCAAAAAGACAAGACAAGGAGGGCUCUGCAGCGGGGAAAGAAGAACAUGAAGUACAUGAUCAUGAGAAAGAUGCGCGUGUGUUCGCAUCCGAGAAAUAA